GCACAAAAAGUGAUAUCCAAAACGCCCGUUAGCUUUGCUUCGAUCCCAGCUGAUGAACUUGGUACGUCGAUAUUGUAUCGGAACGAUUCAGGGCGACGGGUCUCGGCAAAUGGAGCACAUGAACUAUUGAAACGAGGUGUUUUCAUCACUAAGAUCUUGUCGUUAUCUAGUUCUGGCUUGGGUCUCAUUAUGGUACCUGUCCUCUCCUCUUACCUAUGGGCUGCUGCAUCUGAGCAACCUUCGAUGAUGUUGUUCGUUAUCGUUUCAAACACAUUUUUGACGUUACUCUCGUUAACACCGUUACUGCUGCAAUUUUUGGUGAAGCGUUUCAUUGUCGAUAUUUAUUACAAUCAUAAAACAAAGAUAUUCACGAGCGUUCAUUACGGAUUUCUGCUGAAUAAACGAGCAUUACGAUUCACUUGUGAGGAUGUCGUUGAUGCCGCGCGAUCGCCUGAUAUCAACAAACUUUGGUUACCGUUGGCCACUGUAUUCGUUCACAAGAAACCUCUGCUUUUAUCACUCGAUUCGAAUUCGUAUACCGAUCCAAAUGUCUUCGCUAUGUUGACUAAAAAUGUGAAUAUCCCACCAGGUAGUGAUUAA